AUGGAUAAAGAAUUAUAUAUUAUAAUGCAAGAUAAUAUUUAUAUAAUUAAUGAUAGUCGUUUAGUUUCAAUGUCAAUUGUUGAACUACUAAUUAAAGAGUCUAUGAAAAUGAAGAUUCAACAACAUUAUCCAAUGAAUGCAAAGCAACGUUCGGUUAUAGGAAGAGAAUUGGAAAGAGAAGUAUUAAUGGGUGAUAUUAUCAAAGUUAUGAAUCCUUGUAAAGCAUUGUCUACAAGUAUGGUACCUAAAGAUGAUCAAAAUGAUACAUUUAGAAUGUGUAUUGAUGCGCGAAUGUUGAAUAAAAAUAUCACUGAAAUUUAA